AUGAUUCUGGAGCAUCCAUCACUGAAAUUUGUCUCCAAAAGAUGGUGCCAUGGAUAUAGGGCAGAUUUAGAAAUUCAUGAACAUAUAAAUCCACAAAUGGUUGGCUAUGGUUGUGAUCUUUUUGUCGGUGAUAUGACAAUUAGUGCCAUAAGUACACCAGGUUUUGUACCGUUAAAACGACGUACAAGCUUAGUGGAUGGUAAUAUCAUAGAAUCAUCGAAUGAUUUUCUGGCCUAAAUGUUCGGUGUAGGAAUGUAAAUAAGCAAUUAUGUAUUGGCAUUUCAUUUAAUGUAUUUUAUCUGUUAUCAUUGGCAAAAAAUGCUUCCAUGUAUAUAUCAUUUCAUG